AUGAGUUUAAGUAAAAAACGGAAAGUCGAUACAGAGUGCCGUGUUUUUAACAAAAAGUGGAAUAAUGACUAUUUCUUCAUUGAACAAAAUAAUGUUGCUUUAUGCGUUAUUUGCAAGGAAAAGGUUGCUGUUUUGAAAGAAUAUAAUAUUGGUAGACAUUAUAAAAGCAAGCACGCAUCUACAUAUAACGACCUAUCUGGUAAACUACGAUCGGACAAAUUUGAAAUCUUAAAACAGAAUUUACUAGCUCAACAGUCAAUUUUUAUUAAACGGUCAUGUCAAAAUGAAUCCCUCGUAAAGGCAAGUUUUCAAGUAGCUCGUACUCUGGCGAUAGCCGGAAAACCGUUUACUGAUGGCCAAAUUGUAAAGGAGUGCAUUUUGAAGACAGUUGAAGAGAUUUGUCCCGAUAAAAUCAAUUUAUUCACCGGUAUUAGCUUGUCAGCGAAUACAAUUGCGCGACGUACCACAGAUCUCGGAAAUGAUAUUAUUCGUCAAUUAAAAGAUAUUUCUAAAAGCUUUAAAUAUUUUUCAAUUGCUUUGGAUGAAUCUACCGACGCUUCAGACUCAGCGCAGGUGCUUUUAUUCGUUCGCGGAGUCAAUGAAUCUUUUGAAAUAACCGAAGAAUUGGCCGCUGUCCACUCAAUGAAAGACUCAUGUACUGGUAAUGAAAUUUUUUUGAAGGUAAAAGAAUCUAUUUUUACUUUGGGUCUUGAAUUUAGCAUUUUAAAAGGCGUAACUACUGAUGGUGGACGCAACAUGUGUGGAGCACAUACAGGUUUGGUUGGAAAUAUUUGUAAAGCUGUAUUUGAGACUGGUGCAGCAGCACCAAUGGCUAUUCACUGCAUAAUACACCAGCAAGCUUUGUGUGGGAAAAAUGCACCAAUAUCUGAAGUUAUGAAUAUUGUUGUGCAGAAUGUAAAUUAUAUUCGAAAAAGUGCUCUCAGUCACCGUCAGUUUAAGAACUUUCUUGCUGAAAUUGAAAGCGAGUACCUAGAUAUUCCCUAUCAUUGCGAAGUUCGUUGGCUCAGCCGAGGUCACGUCUUGAAAAAAUUUUUUUAUCUUCGUUCAGAAAUCGACACAUUUAUGACAGAAAAAAACCGUGUUAUAACUGAGUUAACUGAUUUAACAUGGCUAUGGAAAUUAGCUUUUCUCGUCGAUAUAACUCAGCUCCUUAAUGAGUUAAAUUUAAAGUUGCAAGGAGCUAACUCAGAUUUCAAAAGUGCAGAAGACCGUAUUCGAAUUUUUGAAAAUCCAUUUGCAUUAAAAAUAGAAACUUUACCGACAGAGUUUCAGCUUGAAGUUAUCGAGCUCAUAUCAAACAACAAUUUCAAAGACUAUUUCAAGGAAGCUAGUCUCCAACAAUUUUACGCCAUGUUGCCAGAGGAAUCAUUUCCAAAUCUCAAAAAACAUGCGCGUGAAAUGAUAUCAAUAUUUAGCUCAACAUACUUAUGUGAGCAGACAUUUUCAAAAAUGAAAUAUGUCAAAUCUAAGUACAGAACUAACUUAAGUGACGAACAUUUACAAGCGACGCUGCUAAUUGGAACCACAAAGUUUGAUGCAAACUUUCAAGACAUUUUAAAAGACAAGCAGUUCCAAACGUCUCACUAA